AGAACUCCUUAAAGGCAGGCGUUGAAAUUUCCACUCGCCUGCUCGCCAAUGGCGAGUGGAAAUUAUGGUGGGGGUGAGUGUGUCCCCCAGGGCUGUCUUGCUGAGCAGGCUUGGAGCUCAGGCCGGAUCUGUCAUUGGCACUGGGAGCUGUCAGACUGCUCAAUAGCUGAGCGCAGUGAAAGCAAAGCAAGGAGUGUGUGCUGUGCUCUCUGCAUCCCCCUAGAGUGCAGUACCCGGCUCUGUGAGUGAACAAUGAAGUACUGCAACUUUUUAUAGGGGUGUGUGUGUCUGUGUGUUUCUGUGUAUGUGUGUGUGUGUUUGUGUGUAUGUACAUACAUGUGUCUGUGUGUACAUGUGUCUGUGUAUGUAUGUACAUGUGUCUGUGUGUAUGUACAUGUGUCUGUGCAUGUGUAUUUCUGUGUAUGUACAUGUAUCUGUGUGUAUGCGUGUCUGUACAUGCCUGUGUGUGUAUACAUGUGUCUAUAUGAGUGUGUGUACAU